CUCUUUCUCUCUCUCUGAGAGAGAGAGCGAGCCCUGAUGAACCAGGGCGAAGGAGGAAAGGGCUGGGACAGGGAGGAAUCGCUGGAGGGAGGGAUGGCUGAAUAACGAGGAGAGAAACACCCACUCUGGAGUGACCGAACUGUAUCCGGAGAGAAGGAGUGAGAGGAAGAGGAGUAAGAAGAAAGAGGGAUCCUUGGGGAGGCAGAAGCAGCAGUAUUCUGGUAUUCUGAGGAUUUCCUUUGGGGGAUAAAAGGACGCUGUGAAUUGAUGACUGGAGAGGCUGGAGAGCAGGUGAUAAGGAGGGGAUGAGAAGGAGAGGGUGUGGAGAAGGUGCAGAGAACAGAAAGUGAGGGGUGAAAGGCAAAAAAAGAUGAUGGGAGAAGAGGAGAGGAGCUGUUGCGUUGGCUCUCCUAGCUGGAUGAUGGCACUCACCAAAUGUUCCUGGUCUAGACUGCUGGUUAUAAGGAUGUUCUCAGCAGGGCAGGUCAGGUGGUGCUUUUGGGCUCCACUGGUGUUACUGGCCCUAGUUUCCAAUUUCCCCAGUAAGGCACAGGGUCAAGUUCCAGCUCCGAGAAGGCUGCGUUUCAAAGUGCUGAGCUCAAGUAAGCUCCUUGUUUCAUGGAAGGAACCCAGAGGAGACUUUGACAGCUACCUGUUCCUCUACAACAGUAUACCAGGUGGUCAGCAGAGGGAGAUCACUCUGCCUAAAUUUCACAAUAAGGUGUUGAUAACGGACUACAACUCCACACUGGACUACACCUUCAGCAUCAUCGUCGUCAGCGGCAGCAAGCAGAGCAGACCACUCCAGGGCAGACAUAAAGCUGAAAAGGGUGAGAGUGACGGAGGAGAUGAGACUGGGCCCCAGAGGCUGCCUGAUUCAGCGGUACCUCCAGAGGAUGCCAACAAGAUCUCUGGAGCUGAUCAGUUUGUGUGCUACACUGAGGCCAUCGCAGACAUUGUCAUCCUUGUCGACGGAUCCUGGAGUAUUGGUCGGGUUAACUUCAGACUGGUUCGCAUGUUCUUGGAAAACCUGGUCAAUGCUUUUGAUGUUGGUAUUAAUAAGACAAGGAUAGGUCUGGCUCAGUACAGUGGUGAUCCCAGGAUAGAGUGGCAUCUAAAUGCUUUCUCCACUAAAGAUGCCGUCAUUGAUGCCGUCAAGAAUCUGCCCUACAAAGGAGGAAACACACUUACAGGCCUUGCUUUGACUUAUAUCUCAGAGAACUGCUUUAAGCCCGAGUCUGGCUCACGGGUUGGUGUACCCAAGAUCGGGAUCCUCAUCACAGACGGGAAGUCGCAGGAUGAUGUCAUACCACCUGCAGAGAGUCUGCGCAGUGCUGGCAUUGAGCUGUUUGCUAUUGGUGUCAAGAAUGCUGAUGAGAAUGAGUUGCACUCUAUUGCAUCACAGCCGGCCAACACUCAUGUCUACAAUGUUGCCGACUUCAACGUCAUGAGCUCCAUAGUCGAAGGACUAACCAGAACAGUGUGUGAGCAAGUGGAGCAGCAAGAUAAAGACAUCAAGGAGAAACACAUACCAGAGAAGACGGGACCACCACUUGACCUGUUGACAUCAGAGGUCACAGCCCGUAGCUUUCGGGUUUCAUGGAGCCAUGCCCCUGGAAAUGUAGAGAAAUACAGAGUGGUUUAUUAUCCUGUUCACGGAGGAGAACCACAAGAGGCUGUAGUGGACGGCAGCGAGACGUCAGCGGUGUUGCAGCAUCUCAGCUUGCUCACUGAGUAUCAACUAGCUGUGUUUGCUGUGUAUGCAAAUGAAGCAAGCGAAGCUCUGAGAGGAUCAGAAACAACCUUGGCUCUUCCCACAGUGACAGACCUCCAGCUGUUUGAUGUUACUCACAGCUCUAUGAAAGCAAGAUGGGACAGUGUGGAUGGAGUCUCUGGCUACUUGCUGCUCUAUGCGCCUCCUACUGCUGAUGGCGAUUUGGAUGAGGUGGAGAUAAAGUUGUCGGAUGGAGUGACAGAGCUGGAGCUCGACGGGUUGACUCCUCACACGGACUACACUGUCACUGUUUAUGCCAUGUUUGGAGAGGAGACCAGUGACCCUGUUACAAACCAGGAAACUACAUUACCACUGAGUCCUCCCAGCAACCUCCAGCUCUCUGACAUCACUCAUAACUCCGCCCACAUCAGCUGGGACCCAGCGCCCCGAGGAGUCGAAGGUUACCGCAUCGUGUGGGUCAAGACAGACGGACGGAUCACAGAGGAGGUGGAGGUGGGCCCAGUGAACUCCUAUGACCUCAGCGAGUUGACGCCUCUGAUGGAGUACUCAGUGUCCAUCUUUGCCUUGUACAGCGAGGGCCAGUCAGAGCCACUCAACGAUCGAUUCACUACCACUCCAGUUCCCGGGCCUCUGAACCUACGCUCCAGUGGUGUUGGUACAGACAGCUUUAAGGUCAGCUGGGAUCACUCGGCUGAUGACAUAGUACUUUACAGACUCUCCUGGGCGCCGUUCGCAGGUGGUGACUCAAAGGAGGUGAUCUUGAGUGGAAGUGAUAACAGAUACACUCUGAGCGAUCUGAGUCCGUCUACUGAGUACGAAGUGAUGCUGACGGCCAUAUUCAGCGAUGAAUCUGAGAGUGACACCAUCUCUGUGAUGGAGACGACAUUGGCCCAGACAACAACAGUUGCUUCCACAACCACAGUGGCACGUCAAGCUGUGAGGAACCUUCAGCUGAGCGAUGAGACCACCCAAAGCUUAGAGGCAUCAUGGGAGAUGGAUGACCCCCGUGUACAGAGCUACAGGGUCUCCUACGCUGUCCUCAGGGAUGACCACAAAGAAGAGUCUGUUUUAGUUCCUGGUGGUCAGAGGAGAGCAGUGCUUCAGCCUCUGCUGUCAGACACUCAGUACAAAGUCACAGUCACACCAGUGUACACAGAUGGAGAUGAUGGCAUCAGUGUCUCUGCGUUGGGAGCCACAUUACCCCUCUUUUCUCCUGGCAACCUCCGCGUGUCAGAGGAGUGGUAUAACCGCUUCAGGGUCACCUGGGAUCCACCUCGGUUUCCUACAGUGGGUUACAGGAUCGUCUACCAACCCAUUAAUGUUCCAGGACCAGCAUUGGAGACAAGAGUGGGCGAAGAUGUGAACUCUGUGCUCCUUGUGAAUCUACUAAGUGGGACGGAGUACAGUCUUCAGGUGACAGCUUCCUACCCUGCAGGACAAAGUGAACCACUGCUUGUGAAUGCCAAGACAUUGUUCCUGGGAAUCUCUGGCUUGUCCACCUACCAGGUGCGUCACAACAGCAUGUGUGUCCAGUGGCAACCUCUACUACAUGCCACAAUAUACAGACUCUUCAUACAGUCUACACUUAAUGGUCAGAGGCAGGAAGUGAGCCAGGGAGGUGGUGCUUCCCGACAGUGUUUCUACAACCUGACUCCUAGCAGCCAGUACCAGAUCAGCAUUCACACACAGAUACAAGGAAUGGAGGGACCUUCGGUCUCCAUCACUGACAUGACAAUGCCAGCACCCACUCAAGCUCCAACAGAGGCACCCACCACAGAACCCCCUCCCACCAUCCCACCUGCUAAAGAAGUGUGUAAGGAGGCCAAGGCUGACCUGGUGUUCCUAGUGGAUGGCUCUUGGUCCAUCGGAGAUGACAACUUCAUGAAGAUCACACGUUUCCUCUACAGCACCAUGGGAUCACUGGAUCUGAUUGGCCCAGAUGGCACCCAGGUGGCCGUUGUUCAGUUCAGUGAUGAUGCUCGGACCGAAUUCCAGCUGAGUUCCUAUGGCGACAAGGAAGCGCUGCUGGAUGCUAUUCAGAGGAUCAGAUACAAGGGAGGAAACACCAAGACAGGUCGGGCCAUCAAACAUGUGAGAGACUCCAUUUUCACCUCUGAGGCUGGGGCCAGACGGGGCAUUCCCAGAGUCCUGGUUGUUCUUACUGAUGGACGUUCACAAGAUGAUGUUAACCAAGUGUCCAAGGAGAUGCAGAUGGACGGUCAUGUCAUCUUUGCCAUUGGCUUUGCUGAUGCAGACUAUGGAGAGCUGGUGAAUAUCGCCAGUAAGCCCAGCGAUAGACACGUCUUUUUUGUGGACGAUUUGGAUGCUGUGAAGAAAAUCGAAGAACAGCUCAUUACCUUUGUGUGCGAGGCUGUCACCGCCACUUGUCCAUCUGUUUGGAUGAGCGGUAACACAAUGGCAGGCUUCCGUAUGAUGGAGAAGUUUGGCUUGGUAGAGAAGGAGUACAGCACCAUACCAGGAGUUUCUCUGGAGCUGGGUUCAUUCAACAGCUUCCCCUGUUACAGGUUACACCGAGACGCCCUGGUGUCACAGCCCACCAAGUACCUUCACCCUGAGGGUUUACCCUCUGACUACACCAUUUCUAUGAUGCUCCGCCUACUUCCUGAGACUCCACAGGAGCCCUUUGCAUUGUGGGAAAUCCUCAGCAAAAACGGCAAUCCACUUGUGGGACUAAUCCUGGACAACUCUGGGAAGACCUUGACAUUCUUCAAUCAUGACUACAAAGGAGAUUUCCAGAAUGUUACCUUCGAAGGAACUGGAAUCAAAAGAAUCUUCCAUGGCAGCUUCCACAAGCUCCAUGUAACCAUCAGCAAAACAUCCGUGAAGGUGGUGUUAGAUUGUUCUGUGGUUGGGGAGAAACCAAUAAAUGCAGCUGGCAACAUCACCACUGAUGGAGAGGAGGUCCUGGGAAGGAUGGUUCAUUCCAGUGGCACACGGGACAGAUCUGCUUCAUUCCAGCUCCAGAUGUUUGACAUCAUCUGCAGUACAUCCUGGGCCAGCAGAGAUAAGUGCUGUGAGCUGCCAGCAUUAAGAGUUGAAGAGCACUGCCCUGCCAUGCCUCAUGCUUGUACCUGCUCCCAAGACAGCAAAGGACCUCCAGGUCCCUCUGGCCCCCCUGGCAGCCCAGGCAUAAGGGGAGCCAGGGGGGAUAGAGGAGAGCCUGGAGUGACGGGACCUCAAGGACCUGUAGGAGAAAGUGGCCCUCCUGGACCCCUGGGACCGCCAGGUCCUCAAGGACCCAGUGGACUCUCUAUUCAAGGGCCUUCAGGUGUUACUGGGGAGAAGGGAGAGAGAGGAGAGAUCGGACCAGCCGGACAAAUGGGUGUUCCUGGUAGCCCUGGCUCACCCGGCAGAGACGGUCCCCCAGGAGCAAGGGGUCUGCCAGGUAAUAAUGGACCACAGGGACAACAAGGACCCCCUGGACCCAUUGGAGCACCUGGAGCACCUGGAUCUCCAGGACUAGGUGGGCCAGCAGGACCCCAAGGGGAUCAAGGGCUUCCAGGUCCUGCUGGUACCAAAGGCGAUAAGGGAGAAAGAGGUGAUGUCCAGUCUCAAGCUGCUGUGCGUGCCAUCGCACGGCAAGUGUGUGAGCAGCUCAUCCAGAGCCACUUGUCUCACUAUAGCUCCAUACUGAACCAGAUCCCUGUUCAGGCAGCAGUGUCCGUCCAAGCAGUUCCUGGACCACCAGGGGAGCCAGGUAGGAGAGGCCCCCCUGGACCUCAGGGAGAGCAAGGUCCACCCGGAGGACCAGGCUUCCCCGGUGCCAACGGCCAGAAUGGACGACCAGGAGAAAGAGGUCUGCCAGGAGAGAAGGGGGAGAGGGGGAGUCCAGGGGUUGGGAUUCAGGGACCUCGAGGACCACCUGGACCUCCAGGGCUGCCAGGUGAAGGACGAACAGGCAGCCAGGGCCCACCGGGUCGGCCCGGUAGUCCUGGGACAGCAGGGAGGCCGGGGAGUCCGGGUACCACAGGACCAGCUGGCCCACCAGGAUACUGUGACCAGAGCUCUUGUCUGGGAUACAACAUUGGAGUUCAACAGGACUAUGGGAAUGAUUACUGAAGAACUGUCUGCAACCGUUGUACUCCUCCUCCUCCUCCUCCUCCAUCCACAUUCUGUACAUAAGACUAGAAACUUGGGAUGGAUAAUUACUCCUGACCCCCGGUGUUGAACCUCUAAUCCCUGCAGCAGUGGUUUUAAAAUGUUGGUUCUUUGGAGACUUUUCCAAAAUGACUCCCAAACCCGUGCUACGUUUAUUUGCAGGAUCAUGCUUGAAAUUCUGAAAACAGCCUGGAUACUUUUAUUCACCCAGUUUAUGCUGAAAAGCAGGGUGACUUCAUAACAGCACAAAUAAUUUUUUUAGCAACUUGGUGCACUCAGUUGGAUCAAUCAAAUGGAAUCAUUAACACCACAUUUUCAGACUUUAUGCUCAUGGUGCUGAUUCCUGACUAUGAGUAGAAACUGGAUUCCUUUUUCUAUCAUUUGUAUUUCUUGGUUGAGCCUAUUGGUUAAGAUGGCUGUUUGAUCAUCUGGCAGUCCGAGACACAUGGAUUAGCGUACCAAUCACCACCGCUGAUCAGUGCCAAUUGUCAACAAAUGCUUGUACACAUAAUGCUUUGCUGCUGCGGCCUUCACCCAGCUUCAAGCUAAAAUCUGUUCAGAGCUAGUGAUUAAUUGAUUUGAUACUGACUGGCUGCCUUCAUUACUAAAUAACCACUCCUAUCUGUAUAACUCAUGUACUGUCAGUAGAAAAUCUAAAUUCCACCCCUGAUGUGACCCUGAUUUUUCUUCUCAUUAACCCAUUUCCCAUUAACCAGUCUUUUUGACUUUGGCCCCAAAUCGGCUCAUGCGCAGUCCCAGAUAAACUGUUUGUGUUGAGAUAACACAAACAAAAUCAUUUUAACUUGUGUGUAGUUACAUUUCAGAGUGUACAUGCUUCCAAUUCCUGUUGCUUUUCUAUUCAGACCCCAACUGAACAUCUUAACUUCUACCAUGCUGCCUCCUUGUUGCUUUUAAGUGCUGGUGGCGUUUAUAGUAGCUGUACUCCCAAAGACUUCCUCAAAACCUUGCUUACCAGUUGUGGUGGUUUGAUGUUAAAUAGCGUUGAUCCAGGCACAUUUUCUCCAACUGACCCUAAUAUUCCCACCGCCCCAGUCCAACCCCUGCCCCAUGGUGGCUACCAGCCCUACAACCAGCUGCACAAUCCUGCUGCGGUGGCUUACAACGACCGAGGAGAAGAGGAGGAGGAGGAGGAAGAGCAAGAGCAGUGUCCCUAUUACCACCGUGGUUACCCUCCUCAGUACUACUCCCAACAGCCUUCUCAAGGUCGCCACGGUUACCACUCGAGUCCUACCCACUCUGAGGACAUGGAGCUGAGGUCACCUGGCAUCAUAAGCUUUUCACAAGACGCUCUUGUCAUGGAAGAGAAUGAGGAGGAAGGACUUUAAAGGAAGGAUGGUCUCACCCAAAGUGCUUGGAAACAGACAGUGACACACACAAACCGCCGUCGUCUCCCAUCUGGAACUGUGGUGAGAGACUGUCUCCCUGCAUCUCUAGUGGUUUCCUCCACCAGGUGAAACGAUGUAAAUAGCUCUGUGGACUCUCAUACGAUAUCUCUGUCAGAGGGAGGUCCAAAAAGUGCCUGAUCCUUGUUCGCGUUGUCCAGUGGUAAUGUAAAGGUAAGACGUGUUUCUUCCCAUCUCACACCUGAUUUCAGGACUAAACCCUUAUUUUUGUGUGAAGCUGCAUGUUUCUUUUGAGCCAACCAGUGAGCGUGUAACUGGACACGUGCAUUUUGUUUUGGUUGUAUGUAACUAGCUCGAUAAUUCUACAGUUUAAAUCAGCAGACGAUAAGCUGGCGCCAUUUGUACAGGCUGUUUUUUUGUUUUUUACAAUGGUGAAUCAUGUUUCCCCUGCAGAGGAACAAUGAAAUGUUUUUGAAGUGAUUCUUCCAUACAGUCUUGUGUUUGUGCAACACAAAGUUGAUCACUUUUUUAAAUUCUCAUUUUUUAUCCAGAGAAAAUCUGGCUGCCAAUGACAUUCUGUCCUGUAAUGUUUUAUUCAAAGAUUGAGCAGGUCUAUUCUGGGUUUUAAUACUCAGACAUGUGGUGAAUUUAUAGGACAAGUCUAUGUUGUUGGUGUCUUGUGUUGCUGCCCCAGUUUAGUUUAUUGUUCUUAUGCAAAGGCGGGCCUGCUCACUGGUUGACCUCUCUCUGGAAGGAGACCUCCAGCCAGUUAUUAUUCUAAACAGUCAGCUGCGGCUCAGUGAAAGGAAUCAUGAUUGAAUGAGAAGUGUAAACUUGGCUCCUCCUGCACUGCAGUCAAGAAAAAAAAAACACAACAAGCUCUAAAUGUUUAGCCGUGAGCUGGUCCCGGUCUGUUCGAGAUUUAAACUGUCAAGCUUGAACAGUUUUAAUCAGGAAUGUGUCCACCACCACGCCCUUUAGUAUGAAAUGAACUUAUUUAUUUUCUAUUUUGUUUGCUUUUAUAACCAAUAAAUCUGAGUACAAAA